CCCGGACUUCCGGGAGCCGCGCGCCCCGCCUACCCGGGGCAAGAUGGCGGCGCGGGCGCUGGUUCAGUACGUGGUGCUGAGGGGGGACCUUCGGCGGGAGCCCCUCUCGUGGCCCUUGGGCGCCUUGGUAACGCAGGCCUGCCACGCGGCCCUGGCCGUGGUGCACGCGCACUACGAGCACCCGGACACAGCGGCCUACCUGGCCCAGGGCGGCAGCAUGAGGACCGUCGUGCUCGAGGCCCCAGAUGAGUGUGCAUUGACUGCAUUAGCAGAGGCACUGCAGCAAAACAACAUCGAUCACAAAGUGUGGAUUGAACAGCCAGAGAACAUUGCCACUUGCAUUGCCCUUCGCCCAUACCCUAAGGAACACGUACACCAGUACCUGAAGAAAUUCAAACUGCUGAAAUGAUCUUAAUCUAUUUCUGGCCCUAUUCAGGACUGGCCAAGAAAAUCCAGUUCUCAGGUAGGCGCUUGUGGCUGAGAGUUUGUGGACAAUUUGCAGUACCAUGGUGAAGUGCAAUAACUGAAUCAGGAACAAUAUUUUCAUUGCAUGUUGCUGGUAAUUGUGCAGUUUCCAUGG